AGCUGCUCCGAUGCUCGGUACCUGCGCCGCCUGAGGUGGGUUUAUUUUGACGUGCUGACUCGCAGCCCGUUCGCCCUUUGUUAAGUUCUGUGACUGAAACGUGCCUACAAAUCGGACUCUGCGUUCAGGCUGUCAUCCCGGAGUGUCGGUAGCUGUCAGACGUCCCAGCAGCUAGCUUAGACGGAGCGGCUGUUUUGACAUUUGCUUUGUGUCAGCCAACCCGCCGACAGGCCUUCAGCUCAUGCGUCUGUCAGCGGAGAGGAUUUAUUUUUCCUUUUUAUUGUGUGAGUGAGCGUGAGCGUGAGUGGAGCGACGUGUGGAAUCGGCGGGUUCGUCUCCUGGCACGCCGGUGUUGUAGCUACGCCGGCUGUGCUGGCGGCAGAGAUGCUGAUUCAUCACAACGUUGCUAUUUCUCAACGUUUGCGCGAGCGGAGCGGAGGCAUGAGGGAGCCAUGGCAACACGGCGGCGGCGGGCGGACAAAGGUCUGGAGCGAAGGAAGAGGAGCUCAGCUCGUAUUGUGACGAGGGGACAAAAAUACGCUCCGCUAUGUCGCUGAUAUUCACUUUUUCUACCUCUGGUGAUAAUUAAACCACUUGUGUGUUGGAAGAAGCUGGUUUUUAAAACGGAAUUUGAGCUGAAUUCGUUUGUUUUCCAUUCGUUUGUUCCGCUGGUGCUUUAUAGGCAGAGGCUCAUCAAACGGCAUCGUACUGUAAACUAUUUUAGUCACCAUGUUUCGACCUUUCGGUCGCAUUUAUUUAAUAGGUUGUUCAGGCAACCUAUUCAUUUACCGGAUUUCUAUAAAUAUUGACAUUAGCUAUCAUGAACGUAUUAAAGGGAUGAUUCUAAAUUUUAUUUCAUUUAAUGCCACCAACCUGACAGGGACUAUCAACCUCUAUUUAUAGCUAAGUCUGCCACAUAUAUAAACUGAAGUGCUCCUGUUAUUUAUAUCUAUUGUCUCUUUUAAAUAAAUUAAGUAAACUUAAAUGUUGUACUGGUGAACAUUAAUAAAUUAGAAAAUAACAGGGAAGUUAUUUCUCCAUUCCUUUUAGCUUUCCAUUAAUAUAUCACAAUAUGUUUCAGCGAUAAACAUCCUUUUUUUAAUUAGUCUUAUGUAAUAUUCAUAUGUGUUUCAGAUACAUUUGAAUUUUUUUUAUUUUGGGGAAGUUCAGCUGAUAUUGUGAUGAGGAAUAAAAGAUAGGCUCUGGUAUCUGUGAUGUUGGCUUUUUUGGUAAUUGUGAGAUAAUUGUAAUUAGGUUGUGGUGAAUUGUAAAUUAGAAUAUUGCCAAAAAUAUAUAUACCUUAUUUCAGUAAUUCAAUUCACCUUUCAUAGUUUUUCCUUCCACUCAAUUUUCCAUCAACAUAGUUGCAUAUAUUUCUGAGCUCAAUUAUUUAUUUUGGUCUUAAUUAAUAUUCCAUUUUCAGAAAAACUGUAUACCACAAACAUUGAAAUGAUUAGAAAUAAGCUCUUGAAAUAUACCGCCCGAAAUGAAAUUCAACUAUAGCUUCAGUUUUGCAAUUAAAUCACCAAAAGAUGAAAUCAAGUUUGCCGAAAUGUGUGUUUUAGAAAAAUGUCAAGUUUUAAGACUUGAAUUUAAGUUCUGCUUUUUGUCUAGUCCCAGGACAUUUUAAGGUUGUUGGUCAUUAGAAAAAGUCAGCCGUCGACAGCUCUAAAAACUCGAUUACAGAACAGUCAAAAUCUACAAAAAUACAAAAUAUAAAGAGGUUAAAUAAUGCUCAGAAGAUGCCUCUGCUCAUAAAGGCAGUAGGUAGCUGUUCGGUGUUUUCAUUUAGUAUGAAGUAGAUUAGCUGGUUUAUUGGUGAAAACCAGACAGAACUUCUGUUGUCUUAAAUUACUUCACUCUCAAAAACGUCAUAAAAGUUUGGCUAAUUCAUGAAUCUUUGAACCGUCUUCUUAUUUGGUUAGAGCUAUUAUUUACAAAGAAGCCGAUGAUUAUUUUCAUGGAAAAUGGACUUUAGCGGCUGUGUAUCUCCUAUAAUCUUCCUGUGUGAAACAUCUUCUUUUCUCCUCCUACGGACUCCUACGAUGAGUCCAGUUGCUUAAUCAAAAAACUCUUUGCAUGUUCUUUUGUCAAUAAACAUUAUUGAUGGCACACCUACUUUUAUUUCUUUUACAAUGUGGAUCCCCUUGGAGGGUUUUUUUUGUUGGUUGGUGAUGUCCACUUUGGUUUUGGCUUCUCUCAGACUAGUUGUUUGUUUCUGGACCAAUUAAUCUGGAUUUAGAUGAAAGACAAAGAGUUAUCUACUGCAGGUUUGCGCAGAAGAGCAAGGCUCUUGUGGCAUGACGACGACUAACAAAGGAAAUAAAGCCUUAAAGGUGAAGCGUGAGCCGGGUGAAAAUGGCACCAGCCUCACGGACGAGGAGCUGGUGACCAUGUCCGUGCGGGAGCUGAACCAGCACCUCCGGGGGCUCUCCAAGGAAGAGAUCCUGCAGCUCAAACAGAGGAGACGCACCCUGAAGAACCGAGGCUACGCCGCCAGCUGCCGGGUCAAGCGGGUCACCCAGAAGGAGGAGCUGGAGAAGCAGAAGGCGCAGCUGCAGCAGGAGGUGGACAAACUGGCCAACGAGAACGCGUCCAUGCGCAUCGAACUGGACGCCCUGAGGUCCAAGUACGAAGCCUUGCAGACCUUCGCCAGGACUGUGGCGCGGAGCCCCACAGUCGGGGUCGGGGUGAGGGCCGGGGGCGGUGGGGGCGGAGGGGUGCCGUCGUCGGUCAUCGGCCCGCUCAUACCGGGGAAGGUGGCAACGGCGACGAGCGUCAUCACGAUAGUCAAGUCAAAGACGGACGCGCGGUCUUGAGGGGAAGAAGGCUGGAGGAGGGUGUGACAGGAUGGAGCUCAGCCGCAUCAGAGUAAGCCUGCCUCUCUAUCGCCCCCCUCUCCUCCACCUGCACCGACUCCCAGCAGCUGGGCGGCACCACCCGGACCACCCCGACGUGUUCCCAUCGUCCGUCUCAGAUCAGUGCAGAUGAAGGACAGGAUGGAGGCAGAGGACGGUUUAUUGGCUCACAAAGAAGCUUCCGGUCAGAGUUUGAUCGUCCAGAACUGGAUGAACACACAGAGUCCCUUUGGCUAAAAUGUGGAUUAUGAAUGUCAGAGAAUUGGAGAACUUGAUCUAGAGUCACGUAUUUAAAUCUGAAAGUGAUCAUUUUGGGAAAACACUAGAAAAACCUGGGGGAGCUGCGUUUGAAUCAUGUCAAGUUUUUAGUGUUGAGUUUAAAUAAAAAGGUUGAAAUCUGAAACAGAGAUGCACCGAUCAGGCUUUUCUUGGCAAUAUAAUUUCUGGUUUUGAAAGAUUGCGAUUUUUUUUUUUUGUUUGCUGCAGGUUCAUUGAUAGACGUUUUGGAUCCAGAUUAAAAUCAAAGUAUUAAAAACUUACCCCUAUUUAUGCAUCACAGCUAGCCUCUAUCUGAUUAUUAAACCCCCCUGAAAGGCAGUCAAAUUCAUGCAACUAAUAGAAAAUAGUUGGAGUUGAUAGAUUUGAUGCAUUUAAAAAAUAGAGACGAAAAUCUGCGUUUUUGGUAUUUUACCUGCAGAUUUCAAAUCAGAGCCGAUCAAGUAAUAAAUUGGCCAAUUCAGAUCUCUAACCGUGUUGGUUUGGUGCAUCUUUGAUUAAAAAUUAGGUACAUCAGUUGAAAACCCCAAGCUAUGUCUAAAAAUAAUUAUUUUAAAAAAAAAGUGACGUGCUGAUUUCAGUGACUGCGCCGAAGCCCGGUCUUGUUUCACCCAAGAACUUUUGCAGAAAAGUACUAAUGGAAAAAUCUAUAAUAUACGAUGGUGGUAACUGUAUUUCUACUGUUUUGUACCGUGUUGUCAUUCACAUGAGGUCCAAGGUGUAUUCUCUGUGUGUGAAAUGUUAUAUAUCAGGAAUUCUGUGAAAUUCUGUGGCGAGUGUUUGUUCUGGUAUCGCUAUGUUUAGUUAGCUGUGUUCUUUUCUAUGGUCUGUCGCUCUUUCUCCUUCCUGUUUUCCUUUUUCAAGAGCAAUUGGCUUCCAGUAUUACAUAUUGUACUUCCAAGAUUUGUCAGUAGGACGAGGAUGCUGCAGAGCGAUUCGUACUUAACAAAAAUAGAAAGAGACAAAUGGACAAUAUCCUGUUGAAGAAAAUGUGAAAAUAACUUUGGUUUGUGAGAGUUUCUAGAAAAAUAUGUUCAAUACAGAAACAGAUUGGAAGGGCAAGUGCCUUGGUCUUAUAAUGAUAUGCACCAAGAAGAAAGUCAAGAGGAACUGAGGGAGGAUGCUGAGGAUUCAAUGCAGAUAUAAAGCUGUACCUAAUGGCAUAUAUGCUGACCAAUCAAGAAUCAAACAGUAUUUACAGGUCGGGACGCAUUUAUUGGCACUCCUGGUAAAAAUGUGCAAAGAAAAUUUUCAAAUUUUUGUUGAAGUAGCAUAAUCUCAAACUUAUAAGAAUUAGUGAGAGGGGAUAAAACUCAACAAAAUGGCCCAGUCCCUUUAAUUUUUUUUUGUGGGGAAUUUUAACUUGAAAUUCAAAGAUUUCUGUGUUUGUGGGUAUAAAAAUGAUGUGACGAAGAUCCAUUUCUAUUAGCCAUGUUAAUGUUGCCACCACAUGCAACACGUCUUUCACGUUUAAGGUUUACUCUUAAAAAAGUGCAUCAAAAGUGGCAUCAUUGGAUCACCAAGUAUCCAUGGCAACCACUGGACACUUUCUACAUCUACAUGUGGAGUUUAUUGUACCCAAAUGGGAGUUUAACUGGAACUACUGGAAAGGUUAAAGUGAGAUUGAUCUUUCCAGCAGUAAUCUUUUGAAGAGAAGACUAAGAGAAAAGAAAAUCUGUCCUAUUGGCAAAAACUGGGUUGUACAAAGUGUCAACAGCAAGGUUAUCAAUAAUUGUGACCCAUUGGGUGUUCAAAACAAUUAUUUAUUAACAGGUUGGGGUUUUUUUCUGUACUGGAUGAAUGCUCUCAGAUUACAAGUAGGAUUUUUUUUUUCCCAGUAAGAGAUUAUUCUGCUGCAAUAAAAGUUGAGUUUAUUUGAAGGCUUUUUCUCAGAUUUAGAUUCAUUUAUUUAAAAUUAAUAAAGAAAUACAUCAAAUACUAAUUUCCAUCGUGUCAUAGUAAGUUGAUGUCGACACAUAAUAAUUUGCUGACACAUUUUUACCAGGAACACCAAUAAUUGUGGCUGGCACUUUGGUUUGCUGUGCGCUGUUUGAGAUUUGUUGGCAUCAUCAAAAUCACAUAUUAAUGAGGCUCAUUAACACGACUGUCAGGUUAAUUUAAAAAAAGGCUUAGUCCUAUUUAGUUUUCACCAGGAUGGUCAGAUCUGAGGAGGUCGGCUGACUUGUUGAAUGAACUUUUUUGUUUUCUUCCAGUCAAACUACCAGGUUGUUAUUUUUCUCCCAGGCUUUUACCAGGCGUAGUCCUCCGUGGUGUUCUGUACUCAAAGAGUUUAUGUAUAGUGGAGUCUGUAAUUUUAUAAAGACAAUUAUCUUUGCAUUGUUUGUAACAACUUGUAAAAAAAAAAAAGAAAAAAAAAGGUAUCACAAAAUCCGUUUGAUAUACAGUGAUCUCUCUAUUUUGCAAUUGUACCAAAAGUGGCUUAACUACUGAAUAGCUUUGUUUAUUUUUCCUCUAGUGAUUAGGCACAUGUGUGUGACGGUGGACUAGCGUGUGGCGUGCUGUGUAGGUAUGUAACGAGGUGACUACUAGCUAUUUCAUUGGUUAUGAUUUUGAUCCGUUUUAGAUUUCAGCCCAAACGUGGACGAUGACGUUGUGUGUAUCUGCACUCUUUCUCUGAUCGUGUACUCUUUGCCCCACUGUCGUUCGGCUCCCACCUUUGUUGAACUGCACUUACAAAGAGUGAAUUUGAACAAGUUCACUUGUUUAACAGAUUUCCGAGCAGGCCAUUGUGGCUGUUUGUGUUUUUGGCCAGUUGCUAUGUUCAGGUCCUGUUGCUUUUGGGAUGAAAAUACAGUAGAGGCUUUAAUAAUAUUGUCUCUUCAAGUUAAGCUAUCAGAAAAGUGAAACUUGGUGAUAGGGGCUCUCUGGCUGCAUCAAACUCACUCCUUCAGUAAGUUAUUUUUGUACUGUGUGAAUAAGGCACUCUGUUUUUCUUUGUAUAUUUUAUGUAUAUUUAAUGUUGUUCUUGUGUUAGCUUCUGAAGAUCUUCGGGAAGUGUCAGGGAAGUUAAAUGAUAUUUGUAAGUGUAUACGGUGUUUUAUAAAGUUAAAAAAAAAACUAUAUUAUGCUAUUUAAUGGUUUGUCUGUCAGGGUGAGGUUGACCUUUUAAACCUGGUUUUAAAGAUUUCUUUCAAUGUCAUGCAAACAACUUACUGAGUUUCAACCAUCAGGCUUCAGUGGCCAAAUCCAAUUUAAAAUAUUUUUGUGUUCCUACUUGCUAAUUGUAAGCUGUUGUUUUGUUUUGAUUUGUUCUGUCAGGACUGGAAAGCAUAAAGACUCAAAUGGGUUUAUAGAAAAAAAAAAAAGCAAAUUUAAGGGAUUUAUAGAUUAUUCUCAUUCAUUAUUCAAAUAAUUUGUCCCUAACCUUUCUCUGAUGAUUGCUAGACCCAAAAAGUGCAUCAACUGUCUCAAGCAAUUCCACUCUGAUAUUAUAAUGAAAUGAAAAGAACUUAAAAGAUUAUAACCGGUACUAAAUAUUAGAGAUGCACCGAUCAGGCCUCAGUUUCAAAUUUGUGUUAAAAAUUUUGAGGAGAUUUGUGUGUGUGUGUGUGUUUUGUUUUUGCUGAUUUGGAGGGAUUUUUUUAACUGUAACAUAACAUAACAUGAUCUGUAACAUUGAGUUCACAGAAAACAAAAGGGUUAGUCAUUCGCUAAAGCAUAUAUGUCCCCAACUCUUAUCAAAAAGGUAAUCAGAAAACCUGUUUGGUCUUAAUACAGUUACGGUCCUCCGAAAAGGUGCUGAUUUUUAAGUGUUGAUGCAUUUAACAAACAAGAAAAACUAUUUUCUCCCAUUUUUUUAACAACCAAAUAACAGAGUGAGGGAGAAAGCGACUAAUUGGUUGGUGCCUUUCUAACAAUGAUGCGUCCUGUUAUCUGAACUGCUACUACUCCCUGCAGAAAGGUUAGCAAGCACGGCACCACCUUUAAGAAUAUAUUGUAAAUUUAAUUUAAACGGUGAGCAAAAACGAAGCAGUUUCUACAGAAUUUUAACAGUUUUUAACAAUUUACUCUGUGCCAAAACGGCUCCAAGUUUUAUUGAAUUGAACCGUAACCUAUUCAGAGGAAUCGAGCUACAUCCAGAUUUCAACAUCAUACUUGAAUUUUCAUUGGAAAAAAAAAUCACUAGUAUAUAUCAGCUCAAUCAGUGACAACCUAUUUUCUCUCUGUCAAUCUGAUGUCUUCCAUUGUUUUUCUGUUAAACCUAGAGAUUUCUGUUUUCCACUGGAGAGUUUACUGCUGUCUGUGCCUCUGUCAGCAUGCGUUUCAUCCCACUCUGCGCUGUCGUCAGCUUGUGAAGGAUCCGGUCUGUACAAGUAUGAAUGUGUUGAACCAAAACUUAUUAUGCAAAUGGCGUAGGGUAAAAUUAAAACUCCUGCCUCAGAGGAGGAGUGAUGCUAUCAUGCCCGUGUUCUUUUUUUUUUGUCUAGUUGUUUGUUUUAUAAUUGUAGGUGCAAUGUGAUGUGACGAGGUUAAAAAGCAUUUUGUAAGCGAUAAAGAAAAACUGAUGUGGGUUUGUCUUUGUUUAAUUGCGGCUUAAAGUGUUGUGGCGUCUUCUCAGUUUUUCCUAAAAGUUAACUGUGACAUUUGCGAUGAUAAAAUCUCUUUAAUUUCUUUCCAAAUGAGAGGAUGACAUAAAAUAAGCUUUGACACGUGGCUCCUUUCACAUCUAUUGGCACCACUGGUAAAAAUAUGUGAAAGGAAAAACAACAAUGAUCUAAUCUCAUUUUUAAAAACCCAACCUUUGAUCUGAGUACCUUAAUUAAAGGAACUUCCUCUGGUAAUCACCGACUUUCUGUUACCUUGGGUCAUAAACAUGAUGUGACUUUUCUUAUGCUUGAAAAUGGGAAAGACAAGAAAACAUGCCAUUUAAAAAGGGAAGACAUGUCUAUAAGUCAGAAAAUGUUUAGUAGAAAAGGGCUACCUGUCCAAGACUACAGUUGGAGAAUAAAUUCUCUGUGCUGUAAAAAAGUAUUUGCACCCAAUUUAACUAGCCACAGCCAGGGCCGAUUACUGCCGGACGUGUAAAAGCAGAAAAGUACUUAAAUAAACCGAUCUCAAGAACUCAAAAAGAAGCAUAUCAUACUCCGAAAUAAGACAGAAAACUUAAAGACCAGAUUUGAAACAAAGUCUUUGACAUUUCUCUGUCUGGAAAGCUUUAUAAAACCCAAAACCAAAGCACACCAGCAAGUCCACCUCUGAACAGUUCAAAACCAACCAAGUCAAUGUUUUGAAGUGGCCUAGUCAAAGUCCAGUCUUAAGUCAUUGAGAAGCUGUUGGUCAACCGAGACCGUUCAUGCUUACACCACGCAGGACACAACCUCUUGUUAGCUUGUUAGCUACAUAGUCCAGGUUGUUUUGUUUGAUUACAUUUAUUUAAUGAUCUGAAACAUUUGAUCCAAACCCAAAUGUUAGAGCCAUAAAUAGGAAAUAUUUAAGUUAUUUGGUGAGUGGUUUGUCUUUUUAUAUUAUUAUAUUUAGUUAAGAAGAUCAAUAUUUGUUCAGGCCAUUUUUAUUCUGAAAUGUAGUUUUAUUUUGAAAGGCUUACUUCCUGUCGGGCCGUAUAUUGUAUUAAAAAAACAUUGACGGAUUGCAUAGACACGGCGCAAUACAGUUUUUGACCGUGUAGGCUGUGUAUUUUUUUGUUUUAAAAAAAGGAAUUGUAAAACUGAUUCAUCGUCAUUUUUGUAUUUGCAUUUUUUUUUUACAGAUAAAGAAUUUUUUGUUAAAUUCACGGUUUGCACGCGUCCUUUACUUCCAGUGUCUAAGGAAUGACACAGAUAUUGGAUCUGUUGCCAUAACACCAAAUAAACCAAUCAGGGAGUAACUGAAACUGUGGGAAACAAGGCUAGACAAGGAAGCAAGAGGGAAUGGUAAAGGAGGUGAAAAACCCCCCAUAAAUAAUCCCCAAAAAUCACUAACAUUACAUCUUACAAUAUGGCUUUUUACACACAUUUACCAUGGGUGCCAAUAAUUGUACUGGAGCUUCUCCUGGGGAAGAUAAAACAUGUUGUCUUACAGAUGUGGAUUUCUAGUGAAGCAGUGUGUGGCCUCUUUGAUCAAUGGUGUCAAACAUUACAGAGGUUUAAUCCUGAUUUCCCCUCAGCUGACAGCGCCGACCUUCAGCCGUACGAGCAGAGCAGGCGGCGUGGUUUCUUUUCGUAACGCAGUUUACGAGCUGUGAGACACGCCAGCCUGGCUUUCAGCUGCAUGUACAGGGGUCACAACCUUCUUACGAUAAGGCAUUUCAUAGCUAACCAGAGAAACCGCUCAUACUUGAACCCAUAAAUAAUUUACAGAAGCUGAAAAGAGGCGGUGGAGACACAUCUGAUAACACUCCUAAACCGCCUCACUCGCUCUGGCCUCCUUUCAAAGAAGGCAGCCAGAGUCAAAUCGGCGGCCUACCAAGCCCUUCCUCAAAACAACCAUUUCUUCUGGAAUCAUUAACUCCUUAUCUCGCGGCUUGGCCAAUCAGCGAGCACUCGUUCAGAUGUUUUUCCUGCCUACUGAAUCACGCCACUGGACUCUAAAAGCCCUUUCACCCACCGCAAAAUCCAGAUCGAUAAAAGUAAAUGAACCGAGGAUUCCUUUGAUCGUUUGUUUGGCUUUUUCAUCAAUAACCAUGUUUGUUUAGCCUCCUGACUUACCUCAUCUGCUGCUGUGUCUUCCUCCCCGCUGCCCCACAUCAUCACUUGUACAAUGUCCAACCAAAAUUUCUUCUUCUUCUUUUUUUAACACAUUCACUUAUUUUAGCCUUGAUAUCAGCUUCUUUUCCUAUUCAUCACCCAUCUAUGGUUAAGCGAGGUUGCUCAUUGGAGCCGGGAUGUUUCAAUGUCUCCAAAUGUAUACGGUGGUAUGUUUAAAGCUAUACAGAAGUAGUGAGUUUGUGUGAAUAUGGCGUAAUGUAUUCAGAAAAGCCCUUGUGAUGAGAAGCUCUGUGUUUUGUAAUAUUUCUGUAUGGGGUGUAAUAAAUUAUUCUGCGGUACAACGGUACUUUCUAUGGGAAAAGACCUUCAAAUGUGACGGUCUUUGUAAGUAUUUAUCUCCAACUAAAUUAUUGUACUUUUCUUUUUCUUUGCAAUUUGUAGAUAGAUAUGAUGACAAGGUAUUGGUAAUAAUGAAAGUGAACUGUUUCAUCAUCAGUCCGACGCAUCUUAUUGAUGUAUAUACUGUACGUUUGUUGAUAAACAGCUUACUUUAUUUUGUAUAUGACCAAUAAACAUGUUUUAAAAUGCA